AUGAAACUUUUCUUCAGUGCAGUGCAUAUAACAAAAGCAACGAAAGAACUACUUCUUGGCGAUUACAACAUUGUUGAAGCAAACUCGGAAGAUCCGAUACUUGUUGCUCUGGGUCAGCCUACGUACUAUAUUCUGCCGGAUAAGACAUCAUUACUUGAACGAACUGCCUCCAUUUACAACAGGAAAAUGAUGCACACUGCGGCUGAUGGAAGCAAUACUUCGAAACUGACGCGGGUAUACAGCCGCGUAUCAUUUAAGUCAAAAGUUUCGAAAGUAGCCGAAUACUGGGGUGCAGAGACGCCGUUCGCAAGUCUAUCCAGACCAGCAUCUACCGAAGCCACUGCACAACAGCCGCUAAUUGUUGAUAAUGAAAAACGUCAUAACUUAUAUCCUGAUUCGAGUACUGUCCAGAGUUUAACGCUAAUCGAGAAUAAUCUUGCUAGCUAUACGUUCAGCAGCAUUUUCGAACUUCUAAAAUGUGCAAGACCAACUGUUUCUGGUUCCGGAACACCCUUUCUUCUGUUUCCGUUCAAGUUUGUUUUCAAUGGUAUCUUUCAAAAUAAAUGCCAUUAG